AUGUGGCUUCGGGUGCUCCUCGUGGCCUCGAUCGGAGGCUGGGUAGCUCAAGCUCACCAAAUCAAAGUUCAAAUCGUACCCGACAGCCAGACCGAGGUCGAUGGACAAGACGUUCGUGAAUACAUCAUGUCCCGCCAUGCGGAGUACAACGAGACUUUGGCUCCAGGCGGAAACUAUCUCACGUUUUUGGCCACCGACAUAGAGGACGUCCACGAACUCCCCGAAAGGGUGAACCCUGAGAAACCGACGCGAAUAAACUUGAACCUCCUGGUGACAGCGGUUGGAUGCGAAGACACCUAUGCCGCGAUGGCGUUGCAAGAAAGCAAAUACCCCUCUGCCAUGCUUCUCGCCCUGAACAGGCCUUACUGUCCACGGUUCGAUGCAGACGACAAAGAAACCAGCAUCCGGAAACCGUUCGCUGUGAGCAUACCGAUAACAAACGGACCGACGGACGUUCUGCCUGUGCUUGCAGACUUCAGAGCUAUGCUUCCCUUGAGUCGAUGGAGUGAGAUAACAAUCAUUACACCUCAAGCCUACACCAACGAGUAUCUCGAAAUGGUGAUGCGCGCUGUCGAAGGCGUUCGUAACAACGAUCGCGUGAACAGCGCAGCUUCAAUCUCGCUCUGGCAAUACUGCUCGCCGACGAUGCGCCAGAACGGCCAGUGCGGCUCAAACUCAGCUUCGAUGCGAAACAUCCUCGAUUCAUAUCGAGCUAGCCCGAAGAAGAAAGAUGACCGAGAAUUCAUCAUCAUCGGGGACGAAGAGCUGGUUCUCGAAUUUCUCGAGCGAGGUGUCGACUAUCAGAUAUUCUCCCUGUUCCGAGAGUUUUUCAUCAUACUCACAACGCCGUUCAGCAACAGAGUUCGGGACUUCCUGUUUGACAAAAUAACGAGCGAUGCCAACAUCGCGAUUGCCUCAACCGAGGUCAAAGACGAAGAGUGUCCCGUGAAGGGCACCUGUCAUAUCGAUCUGCCGAUGAUGGCGUAUAUGGAAACCGCUAGAAAGAAUCCUUCGUUAUUCAACCCGAGCACGGACCUAUUCACCCGCAAAUACAACAUCAACAAAGGAGUCAGGGACUACUUGCGUCGCUCGAAAUCAUGCGGCUUCUGCGCUAAAUACACCAUUCGGACGCUCACUGUGAAGGCUGGCCGGAAGACAUUUGAUCCCGUUGCCACAUGGGAUUACUUCGACGGACUCGCGAUGGUCGGGGGAGCGAAUCGGAACACGUACCAACUCUUCCCGAGGUUCCUCGGGGAUAUGGGAGGAAUAACCUUGCGAGUGGGAAUCAUAAACGAACCUCCGAUGACUCAGGUCCUCUCGGACAAAGGAAUGGUGAUAAGCGCCAACGGCACACUGAUCGAUCUAUUGAAAGAACUUUCCCGACAACUGAAUUUUACAUACAAGUUCAUCAUGCCGUCCGAGCCGGUACCAGGCUUGAAGCAGCCCGAUGGCAGCUGGUCAGGACUCAUCGGGUUGCUCGUGAAGCAAGAUAUCGACGUGGCCCUCUACGAUUUCACGCCCACUCCCGAUCGGCAAGAAGCGGUCAAUUUCACAGUGGCAUUCGACGAGUCGCCCUAUAAAUUCUUGGUGCCGAAGCCGAAGCCUAACUACAAAUACCUCUUUCUGGACCCCUUCACUUGGGAUACAUGGCUGGCAGUGCUCGGUACCGUGCUGAUAAUAGGACCGGUGCUGUGGUGCAUUCAUAUAAACUCAAAAUAUUACGAUUACUACGAUCUAAGAGAUGGGAAAGGUCUUUUCAAACUUUCGAACUGUGAAUGGUACUGCUUCGGAGCGAUUAUUCAACAAGGUGGAAUUCACCUCCCUGACGCGAUCUCCGGACGGAUUCUCGUCGGUUUCUGGUGGCUCUUCGUCAUCGUGACUCUGACCACCUACUCUGGGAAUCUCGUGGCCGAUUUAACGUUCCCGAAAAUUCGGAACCCAUUCGACACAGUCGACUCCCUUCUGAAAUCCGGGAUGCAGUGGGGAGCAUUCAGGGGCCAAGCAAUCAUCGAAAUCCUCAGGCUUCAACAACAAGGUCCAUUGACGCAGCUCUCCGAGAAGCUCAUGCAGAUAGAAACGGCUCACGAGGGUUGGAUUCUCAAAAAUGUAGCCGAAGGUACGAUGGCGCUCAUCGGCUCGGAAGUCACUUUGUUCCACUUCAUUGGUAAACAGUACCUCGCGACCGGGAAGUGUCAGUACGCAGUCGCGAAGGAAGAAAUCAUACGAGAAGUGAAGAACCUCGCUGUGCGACCAGGUUUCCCCUUCUUGACACGUUUCAAUGCCAUAUCCGAUCCGCAUUGCAGAUUACUCCGAAUGGUAGAGACUGGACUCGUGAUCAGAUGGAAGAAAAAGUUCUGGCCCAAGGAAAACGAAUGCAUCGUGCAAUCGAAGCCACAGGCCGGCGAUAUUCGGAAAAUUGAGAUACCCCAUAUGGAGGGCUCGUUCUGGGUCCUCGGCGUCGGCUUUCUCGUGGCCUUCUUCCUCCUCGGCAUCGAGCUGCUCCGGAAACGGCGAGAACUGCGAGAUCCGAAUUCGGGCAAAACUCAACGAGUCAGUCCGUCGGAGUUCAACAAAGAGAACUUAUUCCGGAAGACCAACUUCUCGGACAAUACUAAUUACAGCACCGAUUACGGACAGUCUGGAACCAAAAAUUCCGGCUAUGCUUUCGAAUCAUCGAAUCAACCCUUCAGAUAUACGGGCUUUCCGAACCGAACCGAUCUCAUCCCAUACAAUUACCCAGCCCGGCGUUAUUGA